GUUUCGCAGCUAGUACAAUGUCGAUUUAUUUCACGAUAAUUUGAAAUAUAUAUUUAUAUCGGUGCCGGUGUGCAUGCAUGCUUCGCAUUCUUCGAAUUUUAUACAAACUAGAACACAAUAAAAACUAAAGCAAAAAUGGGUGAUAAGCUGUUGGACACAACACAAAUUAUAAAUGGAUUGGCUGUGAUGAUAUCAUUUUUUGUCGGUUAUAAAUAUGCCCUAAAACGUGGUGAAGCUUGCGCAAAAAUUGACGACACUCCAGCAGAGACGCCUUCAGAAGGCGCAGCUGUCGCAGUAGCUGACAAGACCUAUGGCGGCUUCAAUGACAACUACAAAAUGGUUCUCGUUGUUCGAAACGAUCUGAAGAUGGGGAAGGGGAAGAUUGCCUCGCAGUGCUCCCACGGAGCUGUGGGCGCUUACCAAAGAGCUGUGACUCGUACGCCACGCUUGCUGCGUGCCUGGGAGAAUUGUGGAUGUGCGAAGAUCGCAGUGCGCGUCGAAAGCGAAGCCGAACUGAUGACCAUCAAGCGAGCCGCCGAGCAACGACAGCUGAACACUUGCCUCAUCCGCGACGCUGGACGCACACAGAUUGAACCAAACUCGAAGACUGUUCUCGCCGUCGGACCCGCAUCAGCAGUCGAAAUCGAUCGUGUGACUGGCCAUUUAAAAUUGUUGUAAUUCAAAGCAAGUGCAACCAGCGACAUAGGAAACACCCAAU